AGUCAUUUAACCCAGAAAGGCUUAUGAAAUGCUUGGCUCCUAAAUUUAGUUUUCUAUCGGCUUUUUAUAAAUACAUAGCGAGCUAGCUAGCUAACAUUAUUGGCAUAACUAACAAGCUGGUUACACAAAGUUAGUGGCACUAACAACAUAUGAACAAUGUCACGCUUUAAAAGAGGUGCCAAAGUGGAUUCUAGAGCAGGAUUUAGAACAGAAAAAGAGGAACCGGGUGCUGUCCCUUAUGGAUUGUUGAAAACCGCCAGAAAAAGCGGGCAGCUCAAUUUGUCUGGGCGAGGGCUGACUGAAGUCCCACAAAGUGUCUGGAGGCUGAACUUAGACACACCUGAGGAGGCCAAACAGAACUUGUCCUUUGGGGCAGAUGAUCGCUGGUGGGACCAGACAGACCUGACCAAGCUGCUUCUCUCUUCAAACAAGCUGGAAGCUCUGUCAGAGGAUGUCAAGCUGUUGCCAGCCCUUACUGUUUUGGAUGUCCAUGAUAACCAGCUUACCUCAUUACCCACAUCUAUUGGAGAGUUGCAACAUCUUCAGAAACUCAGUCUGAGUCACAAUAAACUGAAAGAGUUUCCGGAGGAGAUAUGGAGUCUGAAGAACCUCACCUGUCUCCAGCUGCAGCAGAAUCUACUGGAGCACCUGUCAGAGGGAGUGGGAUUGCUCACUAACCUGGAUGAUUUCGAUCUUUCCAACAACCAGCUAACUGCCGUCCCUGACAGUCUGGGCAACUUGAACCAUCUGGUGAAGCUGAACCUCUCCCACAACAAGCUGAAGAGCCUCCCCUCAGGAAUCAGUGUCAUGAAAAAUUUAAGACUGCUGGACUGCACACACAAUCAGCUUGAGAGCAUACCUCCUGUCUUGUCUCAAAUGGCGUCUUUAGAGCAGCUCUAUCUGAGACACAACAAACUGCGCUUUCUUCCUGAACUGCCCUCCUCAAGGCUCAAGGAGCUGCAUGUUGGUAAUAACCAGAUUCAGGUGCUGGAGGCAGAGCACCUGAAACACCUGAGCACUCUGAGUGUAUUGGAGCUGAGGGACAACAAGGUGAAGACUCUCCCUGAGGAAAUCAAACUACUCCAAGGCCUGGAGCGCCUAGACCUAGUCAACAAUGACAUCAGCAGUCUGCCAGCUGCCCUUGCCCUCCUGCCCAAGCUGAAGAUCCUGACUCUAGAGGGCAACCCUCUGAGAGGCAUCCGCAGAGACCUCUUGACUAAAGGAACCAAUGAAUUGCUGAAGUACUUGAGGGGUCGAAUAAAAGAGGAUUCCGAUGGCAAAGGAGAUGAGCCUGACACUGCCAUGACUCUGCCCAGUCAGGCGAAGAUCAACGUGCACACCAUUAAAACACGGAAGACAUUGGACUACAGUGAGAAGCAGAUGCCAUGUGUUCCUGAUGAUGUGUUUGAUGCUGUGGGAAGUGAGCCUGUUGCCAGUGUCAACUUCAGCAAGAACCAGCUGGCUGCAGUACCUCCCAGGGUUGUGGAGUUGAAGGACUCUGUUUCUGACAUCAACCUGGGGUUUAACAAGCUGACCAGCCUCCCCUUGGAGUUUUGCAUGCUGCAGCAGCUGGCACACAUAGACCUCAGAAACAAUCUUUUGACAUCUCUACCAAUGGAAAUUGAGGCCCUAAUGAAACUGCGGAGCAUCACACUGUCAUUCAACAGGUUUAAGUUGUUCCCAGAGGUGCUGUACCGGGUUCCUAGCCUGGAGACCAUUCUUAUCAGUAAUAACCAAGUGGGAGCCAUUAACCCACUGCAGCUCAAAGCUCUGGACAAGCUGUCCACUCUGGACCUGCAGAACAAUGACAUCAUGCAGGUGCCACCUGAACUGGGCAACUGUACGAGCCUGAGAGCCCUCAUGCUGGAUGGAAAUCCUUUCCGCAACCCCAGAGCAGCCAUUGUAUCCAGAGGAACUGAUGCUGUCCUGGAGUACCUACGAAGCAGGAUCCCUACAUAGUCAACUGCAUUAAAGCCAAACGAGAUACAACACACAACUACAACACACCAAGUGAGAUACAACACACACAACUACAACACACCAAGUGAGAUACAACACACACAACUACAACACACCAAGUGAGAUACAACACACACAACUACAACACACCAAGUGAGAUACAACACACACAACUGCAACACACCAAGUGAGAAAGUACCAUUUUAUGAUUAAUCAGUGUUUGUUUUUGGCUUGAAACUAACUGCCAUUAUUCCGUGAAAGUGUUCAUGACAUUCGAGCCUGAUGAUUUGAAGUGUACUUUCUCUUGUUUGAUCUAAGAUAUAAAGUUUGAAUGAUUACUGCUGUAACAAUGUUUACAAGAUCUUCUACCAAUGGCAAUAUUUGAAUUGCAUUCCAAGCUGAAAAGCCUGUCUUAGUGUGGGUUCUUUUUCUCAAUAUAUGGAAAAACAAUAGCAAUUCCACUAAGCUUAUUCUUUAGGAAAUUUUUGCAUUCAAUGUUUAACAUAAUGUAUGGCAAUUGCAAGAUAAUCUGACACUUCUACUGAUUUGGCCUUGGCCUGUUUGAUACUCUGAUCCAAACGAGACAUUUUAAAAUGUUAUAUCAUUCUCAAGAAUUCAUUUGUAAUGACAUUGAGAUAUGUUGUUACACUAUCUAAUAGCCUGAAAAAAAAACAUCUGUGUUCUUCAGUCGCUUUUUAUGUGUGACAGAAGAACUUGCAUGCACUCUCAAUUGUAUUCAUGAAAACUGAGUAAGACAAUUGAACCAUGUCUGUUUCAAUGACUCCAACAACAAUAAUGAUUGAAUUCCAACCACAUUAAAUGUGUACAAGGCAGAUGUGUUUGGUGCUUUGAUGAUAGUCUUUAAUAAAUACAUAGUAUGAUACUGUUUAGAACAAUAUAUUUGUAUGUGGCAAAACACCACCUAGUCAUGGAAAAUCACGUGUGAUAGAUGGCUCUAAGAUACCAGACUUACCAUGAAAUAUUCCAUUUGAGUCAUUUAGCAGAUGCUGUUAUCAAGUGUGACAAAUUAACUUCCUAAUUUAGGGGAAGAAAAUACUGGUUUUGAUGGGAUUGUAUAAAGACCACAGAGGACCAUGAAAAAUAACAAGUGACAUUUUUAUUAUUUGUACAAUAUACAUUAUUCAAAACACUUCUUAAAUACUGAAAAAUUGUACUUCCAAAGCCGAAAAUGGCUCUGUAUUUGCUGCACAGCAUUUUUCAUUCAAUUUUAUAAUCUUUUUUUAAUAAAAGUGUAUCUUAAAUAUGUACAGAUAGCAUCUGCGAAAUGCAAUCUAAACACACAAUAUAUACUUUACCAAUUACAUUUCUUUGUGUUAAUACAGAAAUAAAACUGGAAGGAUUAAACUUG